UACAGGACGGCGCCGACGCCAUUUGGGAUAUGUUGUUUGCCUGUUUCAGAUCGAGUUCAUUACCCUGACAAAGCAUACCCAAAAAAGCAUCUUGAUUAUUAACAACCUUCUUGUCAUAACACAUUACACUUUUCGGCUACCAUUACCGUCACUUUAUAUCUUUAAGAUCGACAUGAACCUCUAAACUUCUAUCACAACAAUCACAAAACGAGAGGAACACUCCACCUCAACCCAUCACAUCAUCGCCAAGAUGACAACCUUUUUACGUAGGAUCGUUUCAGGUCCAAAAGCUCGUUAUGUCGACAAAGAUCUGGGCGUGGACCUAGAUUUGGUUUACGUUUCAGAUCGUUUGAUCAUCAUGGGAUGGCCAGCAGCGAAUUUUGAAGCAAUUUAUCGUAAUAAACGUAAAACUGUUCGAAAGUUUCUUGAUGCAAAACAUGGUGAAUAUUAUAGGGUAUACAAUCUAUGCCCUUGUUGGGAAAAUUCAUACGAUUCAAACGAAUUUUAUGGAGAAGUUGGCAGAUAUCCUUUUCCCGAUCAUCAUCCACCACCUUUGAGUAUGAUUCCGAUGUUCGUUUGUGAUAUCACUGCUUGGUUGGCAAAGGAUGCAAGAAAUGUUGCAGUGAUUCACUGUAAAGCAGGCAAAGGUAGAUCAGGUACAAUGGCUUGUUCUUAUCUACUCAGUUUGCCAAUCUUGCCUCCACCGCCAACGUCUUCCCAAUCAACAAAAGAGAUUGAGGAACUUGACUCACAACGGAAGCAGGUUGCAGACAAAGAGUUGGUAACUUCACCAACGACAAUCAAGCCCUCAAAAGAUGACGGAUCGCCCUUACUUGAAACUGUCAUGUUGGGCAACUUGCUAGCAGAGCAUCCCGAAGUCAAGGACGGAGUUGACUUGCAGGAUACAAAGAAUGAACAGGCUAUUGCUAGAACACAAGCCGCCCAGAUUGCAAUUGGUGGUAAAGACCAGUGGAAGCAAGCAUACACUGAAGAAGCCCUUUCUGAUCGAUUGCGAAACGUAUUUGAACUUCACACUUCUCGAAGACUUAAAGCCCCUCGGGUUGCUGCUCCACCGAUUGCAGAGGAAAAAGAGCCAGCUUCAUUCUUGCAAUCCGAUCCGUCCACGAGCAUGCAACGAAAGUCUUCCGAUAGCGGUCGUGUACGAAGGUCGAAAAGCGUUUCGAAUCUUGUACGGAAAGCAUCUAAAACCAUUUUACGUACAAGCCCUGCAAAGCAAUCGCCUCCAAAGUCCAGUGUAGACCUAAACAGAGCGAAUGAUUCAGCCACGCCAAUCUCCAGUCCUCCUCGCGAUUCAACGGCAUCACCGCCCGAUCAGUCGCCCACUCGAAGAAGGAGCAGUCAAUUGGACCUGAAAGCGCUGGGUGUCACACCGAUGGGCAAGUCCACAACGGAUUUGAGGUCAGAAGUGGGUUCUUCAAGCGAAGGUAGAUCAUCUUCGCAAACUAACAGGCGAAAAGCUUCUUCGCCAAAACUCCCUCCUGUACGUUAUGGAGGGAUUGUGCAAAGUAUUGCAUCUAAUACGCGAGCGCAAAAAUCACAAAGUGCAAACUCAACGCCGUUCGACACUCCUACCAAGCAACAGAAGAAAUGUAGUUAUUUCCCAAAUUCAGACGGACUUCUUCAUCCAGAGGCCACCCUUGCACCAGCUCUUUAUCGACCGGGCGAUGUGAUCAAUGUGCAGUCCGAUCAGCCUCUUCCCGACACGCCUUCUCCCAAUACAGCCAAUGCAAGUCAAGUAUCGAUUGGAGGACCAUAUGCUGAAAAUGUGGAUUUCGAUAGUGAUAUGGAAAGUGAAGGAGAAGAUGAAAAUGCUGUACCGCCUGUACGAUUGGCAGUUAGUAUUCCUUCACAACGUCGAUUUGUAGGAUAUUGGGCAAGAAUAUUGAGCGGAAACGAUCCACGUGGAGAUGUGACGAGUGAAACGAAACGCAAGAUUCGAAUCAUCCAAAUUCAAGUUGAUCGUCGUGUUCAACUGACAAAAGCAGGUGAAGUGCCCAAAAAUGCAGGUGGUGCAUUGAGCAUACACUUGGGCCGUUAUGAUCCUGAUUUGGAAACGCGGCUGAGGGGAUGGGAAACGAAUGCACGUAGAAGGACGAGAGCUUUUGGAUUCUCGGAUCCAUCUGCUGCAACGCCUGAUUUGCCUCAAUUGCAACUUAAAGAGCAUGGAACGGAUUAUCGUGGACCCGCUCGAAAGGCCGAAGAAGAGAAUGCCUAUAAUGAACAGUGGCGACAUGUUGAAAGGCAAAAUUCCGGACAGAAAGCCUAUGAUACAAAACUGUCUGCUCAAGGCGCAAGCUUUUGGGGUAUCAACGUUCUUGCUGAACAAGAACGAGCACGUAAUUUCGCAUGGGCAAAUAGCGGACACGAUGAUUUGCUGGACAAGAAUGCACAAAGGGAGGCCUCAAAGAGAGAAACGGAUAUCAACAUUUUCGCAAGCGUUCGGGAACAGUCCCGACAUACUUUGGAAGCUUCUACGACACAAGCUGAUUUCCGACAAACAGAACAAAGGGCGAGCAUCGUUCGACAUCAAUUUCAAUUAGGUAAAACGCAUUUGACAAAUGGCGCACCCGUGCUGCCUACAUGGCUCAACUCUACUGCAUGGCAAUCAAGAAGAAGCGUUGAUCAUCAAGGUCCUAGACGCUUAUCUUCAAGCAAUGAUACUUCGCCUAGUGGAUCUUCCAUGUGGGGAACUGCACUGAACGAUCCUCACUCUGGACCGCAUCUCCGAGUCACGCCACCAACUUCGAUUGAAAGUUUGCCCAAUACGCACAGUCAUAACGGAAACGAAGAAGAAUUUUCUGAAGGUGAAGAAUCCAAUGAGGUGAUUUUGGACGCGGAUAAUGCACUUCAAAUCAAAAUGCUCGUGGGAAGAAGUGGUGCAAGUCAUGCACAAUUGCCCGAUAUUGCAAGUUGUGGUUAUGUUUGGUUUAUACCUUCAUUUGAAACGCCGGUCGGACAAAUGAAGAAAGGACAACGGAUUCGCAGAACUUUCACAGCCCAAGAGAUUGAUUUUCGAAAAGGCAAACAGGUCUCAAAGAUUCUGGGAGGCGAGAUUCGUCGUUUGAGCGUCGAAUGGGAAUGGGUUGAAGUGGAAGACGACGAAGAUGAGGAGGAGGAAAAGGUGACUUCGUACGACGCCACACUAAAGCUUCCCUUUUGAAAGGAAAGAAGCAAGACUUACAAAAUUUUCUGUAAUAUGUACAUUAUCGUCCAAAUUGGGAGACACACUAUCACAU